AUGGGAGUACAGAACAGGGGGAGCGAGGGAGGGAACAAGGGACGCCACGUCAGAUGGGACGCGCCAGGGCCUGGAGAGUAUGAGGGGAGGAGUGUGUGCCCGCAGGGUAUGAAGGUGAUCCUCAAAGUGGACAGAGUGAACCCAUAUGGACUGCCCCCGAAACCUGCCAAACCAGACCAAAGUGCGGGCCGUACCAACACCAGAAAUACAGGUGGUGCUGGUAACGCCACCCAUCCCAGGGUUCCUAGCGGUGGCGCCGGGGAUUCGGGAGGCGCAGGGGGCGAGAACGGACCCCUUACCCCCUCCAACGUGGCCGUCAUCGCCGGCGCUGCAGGGGGCUCCGCCUUCCUCCUUCUGGUCACCGCGGUGAUCUGCGUGGUGUGUUACCGGCGGCGACACGCCAAGCACUCGGAGUCCCACCACCCGCCCCUGUCACUCUCCUCCCUCACCAGCCCCAAGAGGCAUGGCGGCGGGCACGGCGGCGGCCAUGGGGGCGGUAACAACAACGGCUCGGAACCCAGUGACAUCAUCAUCCCGCUGCGGGCUUCGGACUCGGCGUACUGCCCUCACUACGAGAAGGUGAGCGGGGACUACGGUCACCCCGUCUACAUCGUCCAGGAGAUGCCCCCCCAGAGUCCAGCAAACAUCUACUACAAAGUAUGAGGGCAGUUGCCAUGACAACCUACAGUACUACCAACUACCAUCUUACCCUGUCCUGUACAGUACAGUACAGUACCACCUACAGCCCACCUACAAUAUACCCUGUCCUAUAUAGUACAGUACCACGUAAAACCUACCUACAGUAGUCCAUCACUGACUUACCCUCCAAAACCACCAAGACCUUCAGUCCCUUAUACAGUAUCUGAAAUUCCCUAUCCAACCCCAGUCCCAGCCACAGGUGUGUGCAUCUAGCUAACUGAAGAGGCCAUCCGCACGCCCACCCCUCUUCACUCGACUGUGUCACUAAGCUAAGUAUGGAGGGUUUAGUAUAUAGCCCCCACCGGCCCCUUAAAAGAGGACAGGACUGGCAAGAGACUCUGGGGCCCACUUCUUUUUUUUUGUGUCUCACCAUGAAUCGAACCCCCCCCCCCACCAGAGCUGAAGAGAAGAGUCCCCUCCCUGUACACCAUGAGGAUAAGUGUGUGAGAACACGCACACCAAGCUAGUGUGAGAGAACACACACUAGUACCGCCACAACUUGGACUUCUGGGACUCUGACCCCUAGAAAAUCCAUCGACCAACCUUAUCCUGAGAUCUCUGUAUUUCUCUAAUGCUCCUGUCCUGUAUCAGACCUACCUGCCUCCUGAUUGGACCCUGAGGCUAACUGUGGCCCUUGAUGUUAUAACUCACAAAUAGGAUCCUAGUUUGUUUGUGUGUGUAUGGUUUGUCAUUGGACCAGGGGCCUCUGACUCUCUCACCCAAUCAGAAAGCUGGGCUGGAGUCACGUGAUCAAUCGGUCAGACCAAUCGAGUCUUAGUGACAUUCAGAAUCUUGUAUAUUUUAAUAACGUGUGUGUUUGUGUAUGUGUGCGUGCGUGCGUGCAUGUGUGGGAGACUAGGAUAAUAAUUCUGACACUGCUGUUGCACAGAAGUGUGUGUGCAGUUAGUGUGCUUUAGUACAGCGUGUGUGUGUGUGUGUGUGUGUGUGUUAAUCUGUGUAUACGCUACAUGCGAGCGAAUGUGUGUGUUCGCGUGUCUUUAGACUUGUCUUAAAAACCAAAACACAAAAAAGUGAGUGAAUAUAAAAAAAGGUGAGAUUUUUUAUCGCUAGCAACACUUACAGAUUAUAUAUGAAUAUCCAGUCAUUAAUUUCUAGACGUCUUMUUUUUUUUWUUUUUUAUAGMUCUUUAUUUUGAUUCCUCCACUUGUAAAACAACACUUCUGUUAUACUUCUAGAACUUUUAUCCUGUGCUUUAUUGUUUGCGAUUUAGAAACCUGAACCUAUUUCCUUCCCCUUUGAGUUGUAAAUUAAUUMAAUCUCUUUGUUUUUCUUUCCUUGGCGAACUGAGGUCGUUUCUCUCUCCCUCUCUCUCUCUCAUCGCCUCCCUCCCCCCUCUGGGCCUCCCCCUAUGUAUAUUUUUAUACUUCUUGUACUAUGCUGUAGUUUUGAAGUUUAGACCUCGUUUGUGGAAGUUGUUGAGGUAGAAACCAUCGAUGAAAGUUUUUUUCAAACGCUUUUGAACACAAGGAAAAAGCAAGGGGGGGGAAAUGAACGAGGGCGGGUUCCAAAUGAAAUGAAAUAUAAUGAAAAGAAAGAACGGGAACCGGAGUCGCUGUCUAGGGGGAAAAGAGAAAGAGCGACUGAAUGUGGAACUUUUGUUUAAGAAAAAGAGAGAAAA